AACAGCACACGGGCGGCGUUAUCUACUAACCAUUCCAUCGAAAGGGGACUACAGGGAGUGGAAUGUGGAAAAUAUUCAAAAACUGACGGAUAUCGUUGCUGCAUAGUGCUGGGGCUGUGAAUGUCUUAUGAGACGCGUGUCCUCUCGAGUUUUCCCCCCUAAGUAAAUAGUGGAAAUAAACUCCCGUCGAGGGAUUUAUCGUUUCAGGAUGUUGUCGGUCUGAAACAAAGGGGUCCGGGAGCGCUUCUGUCUCGGUGGUAAGGCGAGGGUACGCUGAUACAAAUGUUGCUCAUUGUAUCAGCAGUGCCACGGCAUUUUCUAUUUGGAAGGAGCGUUGCAUUAAAUUUGUUCCCUUCCAAUGAAGUCCGAUAACAAAGAGUCCAUUGGAUGAAUGAAACAAUAACACUUAGCCUACUGGCCGCAAUGUAAUGAUAGCCGUCUCGUGGCGCUGACUUGAAGAUUCUUGUGGCGAACAACAGUAGACGCGUGGACAUAAAAUGGACCGAUGCAUGUUUUCUUUUGACCGUGGAGAGAGUAUUUGCUAGUUAGCUAGAAUCACGAAUGUGUUGCGGAAAUUGCACACUUCUCAACACGAUUGCAACCUAAAGCAAAGUUGGUAACCAAAAUUAUUUCGGCUAUAACCGGGACAAGAAUGAACAACUUUCGCAAACAGAAAACGUGGAGAAAAGUUGGAGAAUAUGCUUAAGGGGGGUCUAUGGAAGGUCCCUUUUAAAAUGAUCUCCGGUGUGCUAUCUGGCUACCAAGAGCGGGCACAUUGACAAACAUUAAUUUAAACUAGAAAUUAAAUGUUUGUUGGUUGUUCAUAGACAACUAACAGCAUUUAUUAUUUUUAUAGUUUGUUUCCAUACGUUUUUAAAACAAACUUUCUUCCACGUCUUAAAUAAAUCACUGCUGGUUUGGUUGCCUCGGUUUCGCCUCCGCAAGUCUUCAACCGCAGCGACACUUUAGAUCUCGAUUAGUUUUAAUGAGAGCAAUUAAACACUUGAAUCAAUCUAUUAAUUACGCGCUAGACGUCUCAGCUGAUUAAUUCCAUUGGAAUAAAUCUCCACUCUGACACGGGCUGCGGUCACCGAUCAUCCGCAAGAUAGUUCGUCCUACUGGGCUCUUCUGGAUGGGAAAGAUGGACACGGACGGGCAGUGGUGGAAAAGCCAGCUAGCGGCGGAUAUCCAUCAAGCUUUGCGCAUCAAGGAGCUGAAGUUGCCUGCGUACCGGGCCCACUCCCCUCAGAUUGGGAUGAGGCGCUACUUUGCCGACCUGCUGGCCAUCCUCAGUAACCGUUACCAGCUGUGCCCCACCGCCCGCCACCUGGCGGUAUACCUCCUGGACCUGUUCAUGGACCACUACGAUGUGGCCGUCAAGCAGCUCUACAUCAUCGCCCUGUCCUGCCUGCUCCUGGCCAGUAAGUUUGAGGAGAAGGAGGACCGCGUCCCUAAGCUGGAGCAGCUGAACGCUCUGGGUUUCAUGUGCAGCCUGAACCUGGCCCUGAGCAAGCGGGACCUGACCCGGACCGAGCUGCUCCUGCUGGAGACCUUCGGCUGGAACCUGUGCCUCCCCACGGCCGCGCACUUCAUCGACUACUACCUCCACGCCUCCGUGAGCCAGGCCGACCUGCACCAGGGCUGGCCCCUCUCCUCCCUCUCCAAGACCAAAGCCUUCAUGGACAAGUACACACACUACUUCCUGGAGGUCUCUCUGCAGGACCACGCCUUCCUGAGCUUCCGGCCGUCCCAGGUGGCGGCGGCCUGUAUCGCGGCCUCGCGGAUCUGCCUGCAGAUCUCCCCCAGCUGGAGCUCCGUGCUGCAGCUGCUCACCGGCUACACCUGGGACCACCUGACCCGCUGCAUCCAGCUCAUGCUGCUGGCCCAUGACAAUGACGUGAAAGAGGCCAACAAGACGAAAUCCAGCCCUCUAUCCAAUCAGGCUCUGCUGCAGUCUCAGGCCACGCCCCCUCCAUCUUCCUCCUCCUCCUCUUCCUCGGCGUCCCCCUCCCAGCAGCUGCUAUUCCAGGCCGGGUCCCACCCUCACCUCUCCCAGCGCUCGGCACCCGCAUCCCGGCUGCAGUCGCUAGGCGAGUCCCAGGCUUUGGGGCCUACUGCUGCCCAAGACUACCUCCAGGCCCACGGAGCAGGGCCGCUCACAAGCUCAGCCUCCGGGGGGCCCUUCCACUCGUACCCGAGCCUGGCCUCGGGGCUGUGCUCCCUGCCCCUCCAGGGGCCCAUCGCCAUGCAGGUGUCGAUUUCGGCCGAGCCCCGUCACUGCCUGGGCCUGGCCUACGGGGCCGGCUACCUGGGCUCGCACCCUGGCUUCGCGGCGGCCGGCUGCUUCGACAGGUGACGCCAGGAAAGGGACGACGGACUCAGGCUGGGGCCCCCGCCCCCGUCCCGCUCCGUCCCACACUCCGACAGCGCCCCGCUGCGCCGCGC